GAAAUAAAGUAGACAAAUCGAAUGUUGCAACAACUACUCUAUCUUUGUUCGAUAUUUAAAAUCGGUUGCGUUUGAAUAUGUAUUUCCUAACCUGUUAACCGGAUUUCGAAUCUUUAAGAUCGUAAAACUUUUACAAAUACGCAAACAAAGCAAAUAUGGUUUUCUUGACUUUGUAGAAAGCUCUUUAUCAUUCCCAUUAAAACAUUUUAUGAAAUACUUUGCAGUACAGAAUAAAUAUGAUCGACCAUCACCUCAGUCUUGCUUAAACUUCUGAAGUGAACAGUUGUGAAAUAAAGAACAGUCUAAGUUCAACAUGGUAUUCAUCGAAUUGGGCCUGGUGUCGUUGCUACUUCUGUACAUUUCCUACAAAUGGGCUACACUUAAAUACAACACAUUCAAAGAGCGUGGGGUGCCAUACGAGGAGCCUUGGCCUCUGGUGGGCAACGCUGGCGCAGUGGUAAUGAAUAGGGAAGGCUUCAAUAAGACGGUCCUCAAAUUUUAUCAACGCAAUCAAGAUCAUGAUAUUGUUGGUUUUUACAAUUUUCGUUCCCCUGUAUUCGUGGUACAAAAUCCCGAUUAUAUUAAAAAGAUGACAGUAAAAGACUUUGAUUUCUUCGUAAACCACACACCGUUCUUUAAAGCAGACGAUGAUCCUCUCAUUAACGGGAUGUUGACCGUAAUGAAGGAUCAGCGCUGGAAGAAUAUGCGCAACACACUUUCACCGAUUUUCACCGCCGCCAAAAUGCGCGCAAUGUUUGGCCUGAUGAAUGAAUGUCUGAAUGAGUGCUUGAGCCGGCUACGCGAUGCAACUAAAGAUGACAAAAGCCAUGAUAUUGAACUCAAAGGUUUGUUUACGCGCUUAUCUAAUGAUAUUAUCGCCUCAACUGCAUUUGGCUUGAAGAUCAAUUCAUACGAAGAUAAGAACAACGAGUUCUAUUUGAUCGGUCAAUCCAUUUCGAAUUUCCGUGGAAAGCAGAUGCUCAAGUUCUUUGUUUCAAAUACCAUGCCAUUGGUACAAAAGAUACUGGGGUAUAAAAUCUUUGAUACCGAUAAAACGAAUUACUUCAAACGACUAGUUAUCGAUACCAUGAAGUAUCGACAAGAAAACAAAAUUCAUAGACCAGAUAUGAUCCAGUUAUUGAUCGAAGCCAAAGAGGAGUCUGAUCAAAAUUGGUCUGAUGACGACAUAGUGGCACAGUGCUUCAUUUUCUUUUUCGCUGCAUUUGAAAAUAAUGCCAACUUUACCUCGGUAAUCUGUCACGAGUUAAUGGAAAAUCCGGAAGUGCAAGAACGCUUAUACGAAGAGGCGUUGGAGGUAAGCGAAGAACUUAAUGGAAAGCCUUUAACCUACGAGGCUGUGAUGAAAAUGAAGUACAUGGACAUGGUCACUUCAGAAACAUUACGUAAGUGGAACCUUGCUGGGUUUACGGAUCGCUUGUGCUCUAAGGAUUACGACCUGACCGAUGACGAUGGGAAUCUGAUAUUUAAAUUUAAGGCGGACGACUAUGUGUGGUUCCCCAUCAUUGGUCUGCACUACAAUGAAAAAUAUUUCGAGGAUCCCGAAUCAUUUAAUCCCGAACGUUUCAGUGAUGCAAACAAAGACAAUAUUAAACCUUUCACGUACUUGCCCUUCGGUGUGGGACCACGUAUGUGCAUUGGUAACAGAUACGCACUGAUGCAAGCCAAGGCUAUGUUAUACUAUAUCAUAUUAGACUUUAAGUUGGAGCGCUCUCCGAAAACGGUGAAGAACAUAAUGGAUGAUGUACGCGGUUUCCAAAUAAACCCGGUUGGUGGAUUCUGGGUUCGCUUCGUACCGCGCGCUUAACCUUGAAGCGAGCAGGUUAACCUUUGCAAUUGCAUAUACAACUCACAUAUAAGAUUACAAAUAUAUGACAUUUGUUUCGUUAUUCUAGAUGCUUUAGUGAAGAGCUCAUUUGAAUUUUAAUUUACUCUUGUUUAUACAUAUAUAACAUAGGUAAAUAUAUUUAAGAAUAUUAUACAAUAAAGUGUUGCAUAUAAUAUUGGCUA